ACAAAGGAUAACCCAUUUGAACGCUUAACAUCGUACACUGUGUUAAUCCACCUCUUAGAACAGUCAACCUGGUCAAUAAAAACCGUAACCUAGUGUUUAACAAUUAGAAAAAAAGUUAUUGAUUGAAUAAUUUGAAAGCUUGCCCAAAAUGUAAACACUGGUUGCAUACUCGGUUACAAAUGAGAUACGGGUGUUUGCUCUGAACUAUAAACUAUUGGGCCUCUGGACCAAAGAAAAAGGAAGGAAUUUCGUAGUUUGUACUCAGUUGUCAAGGAAUGGAAAAAGAAAAUACCACUGAUUCAAAAGAAGAUGUUGAUGAAACAGUAGAGAAAAAAAAAGCCUUGAUAAAAGUGGUAUUCCUGAAAGUGGGGGAAAUAGACACCCUGAAGGAGUUCUUUGUUGCUGACGUAUUUGUUCAGAUACGAUGGAGGGAACCGGCUCUGGACAAACCUACAGAGAGGCAAAGGGUGAAGGACGUCCUCACGGGGGCGCUAAGGACCCUUACACAAAGUCAUAUAGAAAUAUCUAAACGAAAGAGCGACGAAAUACAGCUUGAAAAGUAUUGGGAUCCAAAGAUAGUUUUCCAGAAUAUACUGAGCGAGACCAUGCAUUCUGAAUGGAAGUUGUUGAAACACAACGAUGACGGCGAAGCUUUUAUUGUGCAGAAACAUCGACUGAAAGCUACGUUUUCAGAAAACCUAGAGCUCGCCUUGUUUCCCUUUGAUAUUCAGGAUUUAACAUUAAUCAUUAGCACGGAACUCUCAGAAGCUGAAGUGGAACUGGUGGAAGACAUUGAAGAAAUAUCCAGUGUUCAAAUUGACAGUUUUGCCAAAGAGCAGGAAUGGACGCUUCACGAGUGCGUAUCCAUUACUCCUAAAGUGACAACCAAAGCGUACACCAAUCCCCAAUACAAAAACCCGGCAGUGGUCGCGGGCUGUUUUGCUGGGAGGCGAGCUGGCUUCUUUAUCUGGAAUGUAAUGCUUAUAAUGACUCUGAUUAGUUCUUUGUCUCUGGCUACCUUCGCGGUGGACAGAGCCUUGCCACAGAAUCGUCUUCAGCUCUCCUUCACCCUGGUACUUACUGGCGUGGCCUUCAAAUUUGUGGCCAAUCAGUCCAUACCUAAAAUAUCAUACCUUACACAUUUGGACAGAUACAUUCUGGGCAGCAUGAUAUUUCUGUACUUGGUUUGUAUAUGGCAUGCUGUAGUGACCUUGACCGGCGAUCAAGCAACGAGCCGCGAGGCGGACAAGGACGCCUUCAUCGUGUUUUCCUCCUGUUUUGCUUGUCUUCAAGUCCUGUUCAUCGUCAGUGUCGUUAUCAGCGGCUAUCAUAGGUAUUCGAAUGUGAAGCAAAUAGAGAGAAGAUAUCAGGAACGGGCGCACAGAAAACUUGCUUUAGAGAAAUCACCUGUGAUACAGACAGCUAAAGUCAGUUCUAUGAGCGUAUAAGGAAAUAAAAAAAUAUAAAUCUGUGAAUAAUAAAGCCAAUAUCUGUGGAUGGUUAUCACAUACUUCACGUUCACGCAUUACCACCAGCGAUUCUUCACGAAGAUUCCGGAGCUAACGAGCUGGUCAAUAUUGAAGUCUCUGUUCUUCAUCAGAACUAGUUAUGUGAUGAAUGAAAUCUCGAGACUUUAUUUCUGUAAAGAAAACAGCGGUUAUUGAUCUCCAAACAUUUAAGUGAAGUACACCUACGUUUUGUUUUUGGUAGAAUAAGAAUUCAAUAAAUAUAUUUACUCUGGUAA